AUGGCGCCUCGCAUCCAGACCUUCAUCGACCUGUACAAGAACGUCGACGCGGUGCGACGUGCGAAGAGGUACCUGCAAAUCAAAGCGACCAAGGGCGACUCGCGCGACAAUGUCGAGCUGACGGCCCUCAAGUACCUGAUGCUGGUCGAUCACGCCGUUGCGCUCGACAAGAAGCGCUCGUGCCAGGAGAGCAACAACCGCCACAUGGACUGCAAGAAGCUCACGGUCAACUCCUACCUCCUCUACAAGGUCGUCAACAACGAGACGUUCUGGCUGAUCCCCGACGUCAUCUUCGAGUGCGAGGAGUGCACGCUCAACCACUACAGCUGCAACGUCUACUUCGACAUGAAGGACACCAACAAGACGGUCCUCGUCAACUCAAAGGGCAUCCACGGCGACUUCUCCGUCAAGAGCGGGCCGGCAGGGUCGAGGGGGCCAAGGGCGCGCAGCGCGGCGACCGCGCAGGUGCUGUCGACGACGGCGGGGGCGAGGAGGGUGACGCCUUGGCGGAAUGGGUCCGUCUUGCUGGCUGGGACGCGGACCAGCGCGUAG